CUCAGACACCACCAUGUGCGGCUCCUGCUGUGGACCCACCUUCUCCUCCCUGAGCUGCGGGGGAGGCUGCUGCCAGCCCUGCUGCUGCCAGCCCUGCUGCUGGCGCGACCCCUGCUGCUGCCGCCCCGUGACCUGCCAGACCACCGUGUGCCGCCCCGUGACCUGCGUGCCCCGCUGCACGCGCCCCAUCUGCGAGCCCUGCCGCCGCCCAGUGUGCUGCGACCCCUGCUGCCUGCAGGAAGGCUGCUGCCGCCCCAUCACCUGCUGCCCCACGUCGUGCACGUCUGUGGUCUGCAGGCCCUGCUGCUGGUCCACCACCUGCUGCCAGCCUGUGUCAGUGCAGUCCCCCUGCUGCCGGCCCCCCUGCGGCCAGCCUGCCCCUUGCAGCACCACCUGCAGGACCUGGUCCACCUCCUGCUGCUGAGCAGCCCAUUUUCAUGAAGGGUCCCUCAGUAGAUGACCAGGUCCAUCUUGCUGCCCCUCAGGGCUUCACUGCAGAACAAUACACGUUUCCUUGAGAAGCCCUUCCUCAUCUCUUCAUACUAGCUCACACUAUGCAUUGAAGACACCUUUUCAGACCAACUACAGCUGAAGAAAACUCUCUCUUCCUAGGACUCCAGUCUAACUCCCCUAUCAUGUUGUCUGCUUUCUAAUAAACUCAGUA